ACGCACACAAAUCUGCUUCCUGUUUACGUUUGCUGCUGAGCACUUUCAGUACGAGAAUAGACAGCAGACAUCUCGAAUCUCACCUGGAAACAGGCUCCGUGUUACCUUUUCCACAACCGUCUCUGCCCGUGCGCCUGUAGCCGAUCCUGUCUGUUAGACAGGCCGUUUCAAUGCAUUUCAGACAAGCUUUACCGCCGCGCAGAUGGACGCCGUUGAUCUGUUUUCAAGCUGCAGAAAGGGCGACAUUGCCAGAGUGAGAUACCUGGUUGAACAAAGAGAUGUAGAGCUGAACAUCAGAGAUAAGUGGGACAGCACACCUCUGUAUUAUGCAUGUCUCUGUGGACAUGAAGAGCUGGUGCAGUACCUGCUUGCCAACGGAGCAAAGUGUGAGGCGAACACAUUUGACGGCGAGCGCUGUCUGUACGGAGCGCUGAGCGACCCCAUCCGCCGGCUGCUCAAAGAGUACAAGCGCAUCACAGCGAAGGCCAUGCAGAGAGACUACUACGACCAGUUCCUGCAGACGCUUUUGGAGCAGGGCAACUACAGUGACGUGACGUUUAUGGUGCACGGUGAGAUGUUCAAGGCCCACCGAUGUAUCUUGAGUGCCCGAUCAGAAUACUUCGCUCACAUGCUGGAGACCAAGUGGAAGGGCAAGAGUGCGAUUGCACUCAAACAUCCACUGGUCAAUCCUGCUGCAUUCGGUGCAAUCAUGCAGUAUUUCUACACUGGUCGUUUGGACAUAGAUGUGAAUUACGUGGAGGAUUGCAAGCGUUUGGCGAAACAGUGCAAGAUCAGCGAGCUGAUUGAGGAGCUGGAAGUGAAGUGCAAACAGGUUUAUGAGUUUGUGUCUAAUAAGCCCGGGACGUGUGUGAAGGUGUUAACACUGGAUCCUCAUGACUUUCAGCUGCAGGAUGGAAUGGCUCUGCUGGCUGACAGUGCACUUCCUGCUGAGCUCAGGGUUGGAUACGGUCAGCUUCCUUUCGAUCUAACUGACAGUUUUCCGAGUUAUCCUGAUAUCUGUUUCCGGGUGGAGGGCAAUGACUUCCUGUGUCAUAAGGCGUUUUUCUGUGGUCGUAGUGAUUAUUUUAAAGCGCUGAUGGAGGAUCAUUUCUGCGAGGGUGAAACUCUACAGGCUCAUCCCAGUAUUCCCGUCAUCACCCUUCACGAUGUGUCUCACGAUUUGUUUACAAGAAUCCUUUACUACAUCUACAGUGACAACACUCAGCUCUCUCAUGAGAACGUGUAUGAGGUUCUGUGUGUGGCCGACAUGUACCUGUUGCCGGGUCUGAAGCGUCUGUGUGGCAGAACCCUGGCCGCGCUGCUCAAUGAGGAGAACGUGCUGCACAUGUGGAAGACGGCAGAACUGUUCCGGCUCUCGCGUCUGGAGGACCAGUGCACAGAAUACAUGGCCAAGAUCAUAGAGCGGCUGGUGGAAAGGCCAGAGUUUGCCGAUAUGAUCAGAGAGGAUGCUGGGAACGUGGCGGCCAGACAGGAAACUGAUUCCAUCCCUCUGGUGGACGAGAUCCGGUUCCACAUCGCCAGUAACGUUCAGACGUACAGCGAAAUCGAGGAAGCCAACCAGAAACUCAGUGCCCUGGAGCUUCUGCUGGCCAGCAUUGGGCUGGAGUGCUGAAAAACAAAAAGGAACUUGAGGUCGGGAAAGGGAGCGGGACGCUGAAUGAUUUAUAAAAUGCUUUACAUGCACAAAUAAUCUGUAGCAAACUAGCAUCACAUUAGCAGUACCAAACUAAUAUGGUCGAUUCUAACCAAAAACAUACUUGCAGAUGCGUCAUAUUGCAGUGGCCUGUUGCGAUUUGGUGAAGCUUCCUUUAUUUAGUUCUUCCUUGUGUUUUCCAUGAACGAACUCACUCCAGAGAGAUAAAAGCUUGACAUUUUGAUUUUCACGAGAGUGAGUGUUGUGUUUCAGUUAAUAUUAGCGUUCUUCAUGAUGUUCGGGCAUAUACUGUUCAUUCUUCCAGAUGUAGCAGAAUAUUCAACUAACUCUACAGGAAACUUGUUGUGAAGUGUUGUGGAUGCAGAGUCAAAACAAUUAUAAAUAAU